AUGGACAUAAACUCUGCUGAAAAUUCUCCUUCUCUGAGUCAUGGUGAACUCAGUCCUGUCCCCAAGCGCCGAGCAUCCAUUGCUUCUUGCAUUACCAUUGAUAAGCCGGGAUCGUGUUCUUCUAAUGAAAAACAAGUUCGAGCGGCAAACACUAUUAAACGUAGGGUACCCAUCUAUCUCAGAGCCUCGACCGGAUCUUGCCACGAUAUCUGCAAAUAUGGAGGGCACCAUGCGUCGAAAGAGAACACUAUGGAAUAUCUACGGAAAAAGAAUUUGAGGAAGCCUUCACCAAAGGAGGCGAAUUAUAUGAGAAAGAAGGAAACUUUUGAAGGUAAGGAAACUGAGCAUUCACAAACGAAAACUUCAAAAUUUUCACCGAAUGAGUCUUCAUCGGAGAUGAAGAGACGGUCGUCUUUGGCUAAAGUUUCUCCUCUAACCAAAUCAUGUCCCCCAAGGCUGAACGCCGUAUCUGGAAACAAGACUCGUUUUCCAAAUUCGUCAUCCGGUAAGAAAUCCUCAGUGUCAGAAAUCCCUGAAAUUGUCAAGAGGGAAAUAUCAUUGUCGUCUGUAAAAGUCGAAGUUCAAGCAAAAGCUGGUGGCUCGGGUGAGAUUCGUGAGAAUAAAAAGUCUGUCAAGCGUUCUUCUCCAGCAAAGGCAAACUUGGUUAAGGUUAAGCCAUUAAGUUCUUCAGGCAAUUCACAUGGUUACCAAACUGGCCGAAAACUGACAUCAUCGGUGGCAUCUGCUGACAAAGCAUUGAAAACUCCAUCUUCUUGUUUAUCGGCAGCUAGAUUAUCUAUUGGGACCGGUAAAGCAAGAGAAGUAGGAAGGAUAAAACCGUCAUUGCUGUCGUCAUCGACAUCCUCUCUUAAGUAUCGGAAAGGGACUGAGGAAUCCAACAGUGCCGUUUCUGUGAAAACUUGUCAUGUUGUUGAGACCGAAGCAAGAAAGGGUAUUGAGAAAUCAGAUGGUGAGGAACCUGAAAGAACUUUGCAUGUUAUUAAGAAUGAAGCAGAAAUCAAACCAUCGCUAUCAUCACCAUCGUCAUCUCCCAUAUUAUCUUCCUUUGAUUUGAGGUCUCAGUCUUUGUCUUCUCAUGAAGAAGAAAAAGAAGAAAAUGAUGAGAUACAAAAUAGUGGUAAUGAAGGUAAUGAAGGAGAUGAAUUUGUCUCUGAAAAUACAGUAUCCAUUGAAACCGCCAAUAUACAACCUGUGAAAGAGAAUCACACUCGUACAACGUCUCCAUCUUCUCUAUCUCACGAAGAUGAUGCUGAGAAGAUCUACAGUAAAAGUGAUGCAGAUUCAGAGAUAGAGAACUCACAACUUUUGAUGGAAGAUCACGAGGGUACUUCAUUGUCCUCUAAUGAUGAUGAUGAUGAUGAUGAUGAUGAUGAUGAGGAUGAUGUCAAUGAUUAUGAGGAUGAUGUCAAUGAUGAUGAGGCAUAUCCAUCUUCAUCAUCCGAGUCUAUAUCUUGUUCAAAGACUCUAUCUACGUCAUCUCUUGAUGAAAAUGAUGAAGAGAUCAAUGGUGAACUAGACGAGAUCGGAUUUUCUGAAAAAAUGGCAAUUGUGGAGACCGGCAAAGUACCGCCUCUGAAAGGAAGUCGCAAGACUCCGAUAAAGAGUAAGUUGGUUUCAUCUGAAGAUAAAAAUCAGCCGCCAUUGAAGUUGAAGUUCAGGAGAGGAAAAAUACUCGACCCACAGCCAGAAUGUAAUAUACCAAAGAGAAUCAGAUUCAGGCGGCCAGGAAGUGUUAAUAAAACGGGCGAUUUGAUCUCAGAUAGCAAGAAGCCCAUGGAUAUCGGAAAUGUUCAACCAGAAAGGACUCUAAGAAAAGCAGAAUCAUCUAUCUCUUACAGCAAGAGGUCUGUGGAUGUAAAAUCUGGAACUCCAAACAAAUCCUUAAGAAAGAGCCGGCUGGCAGUAUGUGAAGAUAAAUCUCAAUCUCCUGUGAAUUUAAUCCGUAGGGAGAAGACGGUGGACUCUCAGAUGGCUAAUAAGAGUCCCAUGAGGCUGAAAUUUACGAGUAGGGUCGCUCGACAUGAAGAUGGCAAAAGUGAAUUACGGACAAAAACCAUAAAAAGGGCAGGAAGCAAGAACGAUGUAGUUGGUUUUGAUCUUUCAUCUAGAAAAGUGAUUUUAAAGCACCCAGAGGUGCAGAGGAAGAAAGACGGUCAAGUUUUGUUGAAUAAUGUGAUUGAAGAGACUGCGAGCAAACUCGUUGAAAGCAGGAAAAGUAAGGAAGGCGCGAGGGAGUCCGCCUUCAUCGAUCACAAGCCAACAAACAGAGAGGAGGCGGCCGCCGUCAAGCCCAGCCCAUGGGUGGAUGAGUGCGCCAACGCCGGCAGCAGCAUAGAGGAGAAGUGGGGAGGGGUGGGGGAUGGGGUUGGGGUGGGAAGGAGGGCUCUGGAUCUGCUUUUUCUUCUACGAAAGGGAAUGGGAGAGAAUUUUGGUUUAGAGAGAGUUCAUAUUCUGCAUGUAACUGUCCUUUAG